GGGCCGGGCCGUCCAAUGGGACGAGGCGUUGGUGCGAGGAGGCGCCGCCAUCUUCGGGCCGCUGCGCCCCCGCACCGGUCUCCGGCAGCCAGAGGUAGGUGGUAGGUGGGCCGGGUCUCGCCGCCUGCGGUCCCCGGCCUCGCCCGCUCGCGCUCCGCUGCCGACCCACGAUGCCGCAGUAUCAGACCUGGGAGGAGUUCAGUCGCGCGGCCGAGAAACUCUACCUCGCCGACCCUAUGAAGGCCCGUGUGGUUCUCAAAUAUAGGCAUUCUGAUGGGAGUUUGUGUAUUAAAGUAACAGAUGAUUUAGUUUGUUUGGUGUAUAGAACAGACCAAGCCCAAGACGUAAAGAAGAUUGAGAAAUUCCACAGUCAACUAAUGCGACUUAUGGUAGCCAAGGAAUCCCGCAGUGUUGCCAUGGAAACGGACUAAAUGGUUUGAAUUGAAGAUCUGUCCUGUUCUUACGAAGUAAAUCUCUUUUGAAUCUGAAAAAGUGUUGGGAAAGAAAAUAGUUUAUAUAACUAAGUGGGCUCUUCAGAAGUGGGGAGAUCAUUUUUUGUACUUUGUGUUUUAAUGUUUAAAGAGCUAGGAAUGUAAAAUGCUUUCAGGUAGAAAACCUUUAUUUAUUUUUGAAAAUUGAACAAAUGCAUCUAUGUUGGGAAACCUUUUGCAGGUUGAUACGGGGCAAAAUACGUAAUUAUUCUAUGGUAAGUUUGUAUCAGUAAUUUGAAAAAGGCAAUUCUUCCUUAAAUUUAGUUAAUUUGUCUUUAAAAGAAAAUUAGAUGUAACCAUUUUGCUGGAUUGAUAUAUUUCUUUUGUAGCAUAAGAUUUGUGCUGUUGCUGACCAACGAACAAAAUACAGUACCUGGAAUUGCCUGUGCA